UGCGAGCGGCUCGGCGGGGCAGCCGGCGGUCCCUCGGCUCCUUGGCGUCCGGCCCUCUGGCCCCGCGCGCUACACCCCUUCUCAGGGCAGCGGCUGCUCCGAGCUGAGCCUGCACCGUCCGCUGCCUGCGUGGGUCUGAAGGGCGCCUCUGCACUUAAGCCUUGGCAUUUUAAAAAUAUUUAAUCAUUCAUGAGUUGAGCUUCAUUCUUGAGUCAUGGAUGACAAGGCUUCUGUUGGAAAAAUCAGUGUCUCCUCAGACUCAGUGUCUACUCUUAAUAGUGAAGAUUUUGUCUUGGUUUCCAGGCAAGGAGAUGAGACACCAUCUACAAAUAAUGGAAGUGACGACGAGAAAACUGGACUCAAGAUUAUAGGGAAUGGAAGUGAGCAGCAGCUGCAAAAAGAGCUAGCAGAUGUGCUGAUGGAUCCUCCAAUGGACGACCAGCCAGGGGACAAGGAGCUUGUGGAAAGGUCACAACUGGAUGGCGAAGGAGAUGGGCCUCUUUCUAAUCAACUCUCAGCUUCAUCCACCAUUAACCCUGUGCCAUUAGUAGGGCUCCAAAAGCCAGAGAUGAGCCUGCCAGUAAAAACUGGACAAGGAGAUUCUGAAGGAACAAGUCCUUUCACACCAGUGGCUGAUGAAGACAGUGUAGUUUUCAGCAAACUAACUUACUUGGGCUGUGCCUCAGUCAAUGCUCCCAGGAGUGAAGUGGAAGCUUUAAGGAUGAUGUCCAUCUUGAGAAGCCAGGGGCAGACUUCACUUGAUGUAACCCUCUCAGUGCCGAAUGUAUCUGAAGGAACUGUGAGACUCUUAGAUCCUCAGACAAACACUGAAAUAGCAAACUACCCUAUCUACAAAAUCCUCUUCUGUGUCAGAGGCCAUGAUGGCACUCCCGAGAGUGACUGUUUUGCAUUCACUGAAAGUCACUACAAUGCAGAGCUCUUCAGGAUACACGUCUUCCGGUGUGAAAUACAAGAAGCUGUAAGCCGGAUACUUUACAGUUUCGCCACUGCCUUUCGCCGUUCAGCCAAGCAGACCCCACUUUCAGCCACCGUGGCGCCCCAGACUCCUGACAGUGACAUCUUUACCUUCUCCGUAUCUUUAGAAAUAAAAGAAGAUGACGGUAAAGGUUAUUUUAGCGCAGUUCCCAAAGAUAAGGACAGACAGUGCUUUAAACUCCGCCAAGGUAUUGAUAAGAAGAUUGUCAUCUAUGUGCAACAGACAACUAAUAAAGAACUUGCCAUUGAAAGGUGUUUUGGGCUUCUCCUUAGCCCCGGAAAAGAUGUGCGAAAUAGUGACAUGCACUUGUUAGACUUGGAAUCUAUGGGCAAAAGUUCAGAUGGUAAGUCCUAUGUGAUUACUGGGAGCUGGAAUCCAAAAUCUCCACAUUUUCAAGUUGUCAAUGAAGAAACUCCUAAAGACAAAGUACUGUUUAUGACUACCGCUGUUGACUUGGUCAUAACAGAAGUGCAGGAACCUGUUCGAUUUCUCCUGGAAACAAAAGUUCGAGUGUGCUCACCUAAUGAAAGACUCUUCUGGCCCUUCAGCAAACGUAGUACUACUGAAAACUUCUUUUUGAAACUAAAACAGAUAAAACAAAAGGAGCGAAAGAACAAUACUGACACACUAUAUGAAGUUGUGUGCUUGGAAAGUGAAUCAGAGAGAGAGAGGAGGAAAACUACAGCUAGUCCCUCAGUUCGCCUGCCACAGUCUGGAUCUCAAAGUUCAAUGAUACCGUCUCCUCCAGAAGACGAUGAAGAGGAAGAUAAUGAUGAGCCUCUCUUGAGUGGAUCUGGUGAUGUAUCCAAAGAAUGUGCCGAAAAAAUUCUUGAGACUUGGGGAGAACUGCUGUCAAAAUGGCAUCUCAACUUGAGUGUGAGGCCGAAGCAGUUGUCACCCUUGGUGAGGAGCGGCGUUCCCGAAGCACUCCGAGGGGAGGUCUGGCAGCUGCUAGCUGGGUGUCAUGACAAUGACCACCUGGUGGAGAAAUACCGCAUCCUCAUCACCAAGGAGUCUCCCCAGGACAGCGCCAUCACCCGGGAUAUUAACCGGACAUUCCCAGCCCAUGAUUACUUCAAGGACACAGGAGGAGAUGGACAAGACUCCUUAUAUAAAAUAUGCAAGGCAUAUUCGGUGUAUGACGAAGAGAUCGGCUACUGCCAGGGGCAGUCGUUUCUCGCCGCUGUUCUGCUCCUCCACAUGCCUGAAGAACAGGCGUUCAGUGUCCUGGUCAAGAUCAUGUUUGACUAUGGCCUCAGGGAACUUUUCAAGCAAAACUUUGAAGAUUUGCAUUGCAAAUUUUAUCAACUAGAGCGCCUCAUGCAGGAAUACAUUCCUGACCUGUACAACCACUUCCUGGAUAUCAGCCUCGAAGCGCACAUGUACGCCUCCCAGUGGUUCCUGACGCUCUUCACGGCGAAGUUCCCUCUCUACAUGGUCUUCCACAUCAUCGACCUGCUGCUCUGUGAGGGAAUAAGUGUCAUUUUUAACGUCGCCCUCGGAUUACUAAAGACCUCCAAGGAUGACUUGUUAUUGACAGACUUUGAAGGUGCCUUGAAGUUCUUCAGGGUUCAGCUUCCUAAGAGAUACCGUUCGGAGGAAAAUGCAAAAAAGCUAAUGGAACUCGCUUGCAAUAUGAAGAUCAGCCAGAAGAAGCUGAAGAAAUAUGAAAAGGAGUACCACACCAUGAGGGAGCAGCAGGCCCAGCAAGAAGACCCCAUCGAGCGAUUUGAGCGGGAGAAUAGGCGUCUACAAGAAGCCAACAUGAGGCUGGAACAGGAAAAUGAUGACUUGGCCCAUGAGCUGGUGACCAGCAAGAUCGCCCUGCGGAAGGACCUGGAUAACGCCGAGGAGAAGGCAGACGCCCUGAACAAGGAGCUCCUGGUGACCAAACAGAAGCUGAUCGAUGCCGAGGAGGAGAAGAGGAGGCUGGAGGAGGAGUCUGCGCAGAGCAAAGGCCUGUCCUAA